UACAUUGUCAUUUGGUCAUCUGUUAGUAUAAUAACUAAGAAGAUACAUUAGUGAUAUGUUCAUCUUUCUGCGUCAGGCAAAUUUGGCGCGAACGGCGCAAGAAUAUUUAGAGUAAGGCAGGAGAAAAAAAUCAAUCCGUAGUAUUAAAACCCGCGGGAGCAGCUGUUCGAAAUCUUGCAGUAAAUGACAAGCAGCCGCUCGGGUGCUGCAUUCGCAGAAGUGCGCAGGGUGAGCGGCUCGACCCACUCCCACUUUGGACUUACUUUUACUUGAUACUAUACACUCACUGAAAUCUGACCAUAUUGACGUUUUCAUUCAGUUUCACCACAGCUACGGCACUCACCAUGCCGCUGAAUUCAAGUAUGGCGUGUAAAAAUUAUGAUUAUGACUACGAUUCAUACCAGCCCUAUUUUUAUUUCGACAACGAAGAGGAGGAUUUCUAUAACCACCAACAUGGACAACCACCGGCGCCCAGUGAGGAUAUAUGGAAGAAAUUUGAACUGCUCCCCACUCCGCCCCUCUCCCCGAGCCGGCGUCCCUCUCAGUCAGACCCCUUCCCCUCCACUGCCGACCAGCUGGAGAUGGUUUCGGAGUUUCUGGGGGACGACGUGGUUAACCACAGUUUUAUUUGCGAUGCGGACUACUCCCAGUCUUUUCUGAAGUCUAUUAUCAUUCAGGACUGUAUGUGGAGCGGGUUCUCAGCCGCGGCGAAGCUGGAGAAGGCGGUGUCGGAGAGAUUGGCGUCGCUGCAGGCGGUGAGGAAAGAGUCUUCCAGGUGUAACUCAACGGACGGCUGUCGGUCCAGCCUCAACGCCAGCAGCUACCUUCAGGAGAGCACCCCUAACUUUACCUCGCAGUGCAUUGAUCCGUCUGUAGUGUUUCCCUUUCCGUUGACUGACAGCUCAAAGCCGUGCAAGCCAUCGUCCACACCGAUUUCCACAACAACACUGCCCCUGGAUACUCCACCAAACAGCGGGAUUAGCAGCAGUGACAGCGAUUCCGAUGACGAAGAGGAGGAGGAAAUCGACGUUGUCACGGUGGGAAAGAGAAAGUCUGUAAAGAAGCCUGACGCGAACGUAACGCAUCAAAGCCCUGUCGUCCUCAAGCGGUGUCACGUUAAUAUUCACCAACACAAUUACGCCGCCCAGCCAUCCACGAGGAACGAGCAGCCUGCAGUCAAACGGAUUAAAUUCGAGAGCCACAUCCGGGUUUUUAAACAAAUUAGCCACAGCCGAAAAUGUGCGAGUCCCAGGACGUCGGACUCUGAGGAUAACGAUAAAAGGAGGACUCAUAACGUGCUCGAGCGGCAACGGCGGAAUGAGCUCAAGAUGAGUUUCUUCGCGCUGAGAGACGUCAUUCCUGAUGUGGCGAACAACGAGAAAGCUGCCAAAGUGGUGAUACUUAAGAAGGCGACUGAGUGCAUAGAGACCAUGCAAGAAGAUGAACAAAAACUGAUCUCACUUAAAGAGCAAUUAAGGAGAAAAUGUGAACAUUUGAAACAGAGACUUGAGCAGUUAAGCAAAUCUUAAAUUGCUUGGACUUAAUUUAGGGACUGAACUUGUUUUAAGCAUCCUUGUAUGGUUAUGCCCUGGCUUAAGUCAAUACAAGGUCUUGAGGGUGUGGCAAGUAGUGAGCAAUCUGACUGAUUUAUACAAGUACACUGCCUCAAUUUGAACAUAACAGAGGUUGGAUUUAUUUGUAUUUAAUUUUUUUAGUAAUAAAAUGGUCUGCAGUUCCAUUUACUGUUGGCCUUAACUUAAUGUUUUGUUUUUGUAAGUUUUGUACAUAUUGCACAUAUGUAUUCAAUAUGCUGUUGAUUUCUGAAUCCUAAAAUGCAUUUCUCUAUAAAAGUUUUUGACUAAU